CAGGUGCUUCAUGAGGUGUCAUUGAAAUCUUGAUGAACUGGAUUAGUUGACUUGAGGUAGCUUACUGAGUUUAUCUUCUAUUCAUGCAAUGGGGGCUGGGGAAGAGAGCGCAGCAGCUAAAUCUUCCAAGCAUGCUGCUUCAACUCAGGAGACACCAACAACACCUUAUCCUGACUGGUCAAGCUCUAUGCAGGCUUAUUAUGGAGCUGGAGCUACUCCCCCCUUUUUUGCCUCACCAGUUGCUUCUCCCAGUCCUCAUCCCUAUCUGUGGGGAAGCCAGCAUCCUUUAAUGCCACCAUAUGGGACUCCUAUCGCCUAUCCUGCUCUAUAUCCUGCUGGGGGAAUUUAUGCUCAUCCUAAUAUGGCGAUGACUCCAAGCACAGCACAGACAAAUGCUGAAUCUGAAGGGAAAGCCCCUGAGGUGAAAGACCGGGCUUCAAGCCAAAAAUCCAAGGGAGCUUCAAGAAAUUCUGGCUUGCCUGGUGGCAAGGCUGGAGAAAUGGGGAAUGGGGCUUCAGGUUCAGGAAAUGAUGGUGCCACUCAAAGUGCCGAAAGUCGAAGUGGUGGUUCAUCUGAUUCAAGUGAUGAGAACACCAACCAACACGAAUUUGCUUCAAGUAAGAAAGGAAGCUUUGGCCAGAUGCUUGCAGAUGCAAAUGCUCAGAAUAACACUGCUGUGGCAACUCUUCAGGCAUCGGUGCCUGGGAAUCCUGUAGUCUCUGUGCCUGCAACUAAUCUGAAUAUUGGAAUGGACUUAUGGAAUGCGUCCAAGGUGGGACCAAAUGCUUCUGGUGUCUCACCAGCUGUGGCUGCAGCAACCAUGAUUGGACGGGAAGGCAUGAUGCCCGAACACCAAUGGGUUCAAGUAUGAAGCUUGCAAGUUAUCCUCAAUUCUGGUGUAUCUCUUGUUUGUUUGGUUUGAUGUUAUCAAGACAAAUCCUGUUAGUUGUUGUUUUGGUGUGGUUACACGUGCCACCAUUUGCUGAAGCAUGCCCUUACAAAUAACUUCUUAGAGCCAUAGUGGUAUACAAUGUUAUAGGAACCCUCUGCCUAUAUCGGAAACAAACCGCAUCAAUGCAUUUCUCUUUGUAAAUUGGUAUUUUGGUACAUUUCCCAGGAGAAUAUCAAUGUUUCAUCUAUACAGUUGUAUGAUGCUUAUUUUUGAAUUUGUGGGAUACAUAUUCUCUCACCUUCUGUUUGCUUCAAAAUAUAGACUAUUGACAAUUCCCACCCAUAUACAGAAAGAAAUUUCAUGGAACUGUAAAUUUGAAUUGACAGGAUGAACGUGAACUUAAAAGGCAGAAGAGGAAGCAAUCCAAUAGGGAGUCAGCUAGGAGAUCAAGAUUGCGCAAGCAGGCCGAGUGUGAAGAGCUACAACAAAGAGUAGAGACGUUGAGCAGUGAGAAUCUCACCCUAAGAGAUGAAUUGCAGAGGCUUUCUGAGGAAUGUGAGCAGCUUACUUCCGAAAAUAAUUCUAUCAAGGAAGAACUGACUAGGUUACGCAGACCAGAUGCGAGCAAUCUUGAGAAUAAUAGAAUUACACGACGUCUUCAGUCCCGUGCUGAAGAAGGUAACAGUUGAGAAAUAACCAUUUCAAAAGCAUAUCACUGUCUACUGGUGGCACGAAAAUCUCUAUUUAAGCCCCUUAGAAUUCUAACUAUAGGUCCAAGCAUGGAUGUUUCUUAUCAUUACUAAUCUAUAACCUUAACCCUUCCUUUUAAAAUGUAACUGUAGCAUUUAAUUUACAAAAUUCUAACACGAAUUGGAGCUCUGAUUACACUAUAUAUUCUUGUAGUAUAAGUAGACCAUUAGAGGGAAAAAAUUGUCUUUGAUAGAUUGUCGUCAACUGUUCACUUUGUUCUGGUGUUGUGUUUCGUCUGGCUUUUACCUUUCAGUGUACACUGCCUGCUUUCUGCCGAACUGUUCCUUCUGCAUGCAUCAUUUGAGUAGUUCUAGAUUGCAUGAUGGGUAGAAGAUCUCUAAUGCUGGUGAAAUUUGGAGAUAGAAAUAGAUGACAAGGUCGAAAUGUGGAAAUAAUUGAAUCUUCUUGAACGGUGUCGCUCAUAAUAAUUUGUUUCUUUGUCUUGUCACAUUUUUGCAAAUUGGAAAGUGGAAUAAAGGUGGUAAAAUAUAUAAUUUGGAUAAGUAAAAUUGGUAUUUCACAAAUUAUGAGAACAGCUUAAUAGAUCGUGUUGAUGAAAUAAUGCAGAUGUUUGGUUGCUAAUGCUCUAUUUAAG